CAGAUAUAUUUGAGAAUUUCCGUGAAACAUGUCAUUCAAUUUAUAAUUUGGAUCCGGCUCAUUAUUACACAGCACCCGGACUUAGCUGGGAUGCGAUGCUCAAAUAUACGAGAGUUCAAAUUGAAUUAUUCACCGACGUUGAUAUGAUAUAUUUUAUUGAAUCAUCAAUUCGAGGUGGCAUAGCACAGGUAUCCCAUCGAUAUGCGAAGGCCAAUAACAGAUAUAUGAAUGAGAAAUUCGAUCCUAAUACACCAGAAAAUUAUAUUAUGUACUUUGAUGCUAAUAAUCUGUAUGGACAUGCCAUGAGUCAAUCAUUACCAAUCGGUGACUAUCAGUGGGUUGAGAAUAAUAAUAAUAAAAUCAUUGACGAUUAUGAUGCCAAUGACGAAGACGCAAAAUCUGAGAAAUGGCUCUAUUCACAACCCGAUGCGAUAAUGAAUCUGCCAGAUGACGGACAGCAUGGUUAUAUUUUCGAAGUUGAUUUGCACUAUCCUGAAUCGCUCCAUGAUAUGCAUAACGACUUCCCAUUGUGUGCCGAGAAGAGGAGGCUCCCCGAUGAUGCAAUGUUGAAAUUAGCUUUACGUCAUGGCAUGAUAUUGAAAAAGGUUCAUCGAAUUCUUAAAUUUCGACAGAGUGCUUGGCUUAAAGAAUAUAUCGAUUUGAAUACAGAAAUGCGGACCAAAGCAAAAAAUGAUUUCGAAAAAAAUUUCUUCAAGCUGAUGAACAACAGCAUUUUUGGAAAGACUAUGGAGUCGGUGCGCAAUUAUAGAACGCUAAAGCUCGUAAACAAAUGGUUUGGACGCAAUGGUGCGCGAACGUACAUCUCUCGACCCGAUUUCGAACAUUGUCGCAUUUUCGAUGAUUCUUUGGUAGCGUUGGAAAUGCGUAAUACCAACAUAGUUAUGAACAAGCCAAUCGCUAUCGGCAUGUGUGUUUUGGAUUUAUCUAAAAUAACAAUGUAUUCGUUUUUAUAUGAAUUCAUUAAACCGUAUUAUGGUGAUAAAGCUCACAUUCUUUAUAGCGAUACGGACAGUUUUAUAAUGGAUGUUGAAACGUCGGAUUUCUAUGAAGAUAUGCGUAAAAAUAGCGAAAAAUAUGACACGAGUGAUUAUCCAUUGCCGAAUGUAUUCAAUCUAGAACGUAAGAAUAAGAAGAUACCCGGAUGUUUCAAAGACGAGAUGAUGGGAAAUAUUAUAUAUGAAUUUGUUGGUCUACGCGCAAAGUGCUAUGCAAUAAAUACUUUAGUUAAGAAAUUGAACGACAGUAAUAAAAAAGCGAAAGGCACCAAAAAGAUUGUUGUCAGAAAUAAAAUUCAGUUUAGCGAUUAUGUAGCAUGCGUAAUGAAUAGGCAAGAUGUCACCCGACAACAGAAUUCAUUCCGUUCUAUAAAUCAUAAUAUAUACACGAUAAGUCAAAAUAAAAUAGCGCUUAAUCCAUUUGACGAUAAAAGAUAUGUAAAAAAACCGGAUUAUAUUAACACGCUGGCCUGGGGUCACUAUUCAAUCAAAUCACUUGAGAAAUGA